GGACCACGUAUAAAUCGCGUGGAAAUGAAUCGCGGAUUCGAACGCCUGUCGGACGAUGACCGCACCCGCGACGAUAGAAGCUUUUACAGCCAUGAAUCGUUGAAUGCAGCAGACCAAAUGUCAUACGAAACCUAUCGAACAAAGGCAGACACAGCAUCAACAGCCUCACUUUUCGAAAGUUCAGAAAGCAAAGCAGAGCACGACGCAAACAACGCGCCACUCCGCCAAUCACUCAAGCAGUACUCCAGGCUGGUCUGGUGGUGUCUUGCUAUGGCAACAGCAAUUCUCUACGGCGGAUACGAUUCCGCGGUGCUUUCCCAGGUAGUCACGCUAUCUUCUUUUGCGCGCGACUAUGGAGAGCGUGAUAUCUUCAACGAGAAAAACCCUUUCCAGGUUCCUGGGAAAUGGCUCUCACUAUGGGAGGGCAUCGGACCAUUGGGCGCACUCCUUGGCGUCGCCCUCGGAGGAUGGUUACUCGACAAGAUCGGACGAAAACUUUGUCUGGUGAUUGGAAGCAUCAUCGGCGCUGUUGGUAUCCUCAUAUUCGUCAUUUCGAACAGGCCAGCAAACAAGGAUGGAAGGCGAAUCAUGAUACUCGUGGCCAAGGUUCUGCAAGGUUUCGGCCUCGGAAUGAUCAAGAUCGAAACGUUUACCUAUCUAUCUGAGGUCGUUCCCGUCAGUCUGAAAGGCGCCGUCUUUUCUUUGGUGCCUGUUUUCACUCUCCUGGGACAACUGAUCGGAGGCGUUGUCUGCGUUGCUAUGGCCAGCAACAAGACACCAGCAUCGUAUCUGAUUGCCAUGGGGUCGCAGUGGGCGCUCGCUCUUCCACCAUUUAUACUCGCUAUAUUCAUUCCAGAGUCUCCCGCCUAUCUACUGAACAAGAAGAAUCCCCAAGGGGCCUUGCAAUCGCUAAAACGUCUCAUGGGAUCCGAGAAAGAAGCGCAUGCAGCACUCAUCAAACUUCAGCGCGCAAUCGAGGAGGAGUCCAAGACAUCGGCGAAAGCGCGCUACAUUGAGACGGUGAAAGGCACGAAUCUUCGGCGCACAUUGAUCAUCAUGUUUGCUGGUGCCGUCGAAACUCUCUGGGGUCUUCCACUGCUGUCGACAGUCAGCCUGUUUCUCAAAGUACUCGGCAUGCCGGAAACGACGGCGCUUAUCUUCUUCGUGGUCGGUGUCAUUGUCGGUCUACUCGCCAAUAUUGGUUCCGCUUGGACAUUGAGCCAUAUCGGGCGCAGAAAGUUGAUGUACUGUUCAUUCCUCAUCGCAGCUGGCUUGUGGACAGUGAUGGGAUUCUCAGGUAUAAAAGAAGGCAAGGUCACGCCUUGGAUCUCGGGUGGGAUUUGUACUGCCGUUGUCUCCAUCUGCGGUCUUGGAGUCUGGCCCGCAUCGUACGCUGUGCAGGGAGAAACAAGUACCUUGCGUCUCCGUGCUAAAUCGCAGGCUAUUGGUGGCCUUACAAACAGUCUCGUCAAUAUGGGAGGCAGCGCUAUCCUGCCCUUGCUUUUCAAUCGAGAUCAAGCGGACCUAGGUGCGAAAACCGGGUUCGUGUUCACGGCGACUUGUGUCGUGGGUGCGGCAGCGACUUUCUUGUUCUUGCCCGAGCUGAAGGGCAGGAGCGCGCAAGAAAUUGAUCAUCUGUUUGAGAAAAAGAUUCCGGCGAUGAAAUCAACCAAAUGGCGGGACACGGCGCUGGAGCCUUUGAGGGAAGUGUAG